UUUUUAUUUGAAUUGGGCCUCAUAUUAUUGUUCUAGACUAGGGUUAGGUAAAAUGUGUGACGUAUACUCGAAUGAGGUUCAAGUUUGAACGGGUUUGUUCUAGUCUCUGACCAAGCAUGCAGAGUCAAGUUCGAGCAUAGGGUGACGAUUUGACGAAUGCAUUAAGUUUAGAUGCAGCAGCAUAUCGCGCUGUUUAUUGCGAGAACACUUUCGAUUUAAUUGUGUUUCGACUCUUUCACCGGGGAACUGUCAUGUCACCGUGAGAACGACGUUCUUUUUAUUUCUGGGUUUCGAUAGUAAAACUUGUGCACUUGCACACUUGUGCAAUAAUGGAGAAGGAUUUUGAUAGAAACGAUCAAAAGCAAGACGUCAAGAAGACAGAGGUGUGUUUUGAAAGGACAUGUUCAGCACUAACUGUGGACGAUGUAUACGAAAUAGCUAAAUUGAUUGGCUCGGAAGUGGAAACACUUAUUGACGGCUACGGUAAAGAGAGCGCCACAGGACUGGUGCCUAAAAUUGUCAAAGUUCUAGAACUUUUGGAGAGCUUCGCAUCGCGGAACCAUGCUCACAAGUCAAAAGAAGAAGAAUUACUUAAAGCGUUCGAAACACUUAAUGUACAGACACAGAAGAAGGCGAGAAAUGUGAAAGAAUGCGAAGAAAGCAAGAGCGAAAUACAACGGCAGAAGGUGCAGGAGGAGGUGGAGAAGCAGAGGAGGAGGUGCGAGGAGCUGCAGGCCCAGGUAUUGCAUCUACAGAUGGAGAAUCAGGAGUUACAGAGCUGCCUGAGGGGCAACCAUGUCCAGGAAGACCGUGUCCAACGGCAGGAGCGGGAGGUGAUGCUGAAACUGAAGGAGGUGGUUGACAAGCAGAGAGAUGAGUUGAGAGCCAAAGUACAGCAGAUAGGAAGCGUGUCUAAGGAGGUGGAGGCGCUGCAGGAGCAGUUGGAGCGCUUCAUGAAGAUGAAUGGGGAGCUGAGACACAAGCAGAGCAUCGUCACGGCCCAGGUGAAGAAUGCUGUGGAGAGGAAGGCUGACAUGGAGGCAGACCUCAGAGAGAAACAGAAAGAGAUAGAACGCCUCACCACCCAGCUGGAAAAGGCCAACACUGCUGCUGGCACGGCCAAUCCGUGUAAGACCGAAGUGGACCUGACUGACAAGCUGGUGAUAGACCUGAAGGAUCCCAACAGACCCUGUUUCACCAAGCAGGAGGUCAGAGAGAUGCUGACAGAGAGGAACGAGCUCAAAGCCAACCUGUUCCUGGUGCAGGAGGAACUCUCCUACUACCAGAGGGAGAUCCUGAAUGAUGAGCGGUGUCCAGGCUUCUUGCUGGACGCUGUACGUUCUGCCAUAAAGAAACAGAAAACUGUCAUCAAGGCCAAGAUGUUGGGCAUGCCAGAGGACGAAUGCAGCAGUGAUGAGGAGAAAGGACCCUUGUUUGAGAGGAGAGCAGAGACAGAAACCGGGACAGACAGCACUGACAGCAAACCACAAGAGUCUCGCAUCAGGAACCUCUUUGGCUUCCUGACCCGCUCCGGCAGCAACCACAGCAGCCGUAGUCCCGGUGAAAACAACGCUGCUUCUUCCUGGGAAAUCAUCGACGACACUGACAACACUGCGGAGACAGAACCCCGACAAUCACCAUGACACCCCUCAACACCCGUCCAACUACACUUGUCCUCCAUUCUGUUCAGUAUCACAGGAUGUUGUCAUACUGGUUAGGUCUCCACAGCAGCCCUAAGAAAGGAAGAGCAUUCUCUCAUGCCUUCCUUCUUCAUGUGUUAUUACCCCCUUGUCCUUGCUCUGUAUACCUUUCUCUUCCUCUCUCUCUUUCUCUUCCUCUCUCUCUUUCUCUUCCUCUCUCUCUUUCUCUUCCUCUCUCUCUUUCUUUUCCUCUUUCUCUUCCUCUCUCUCUCUUCCUCUCUCUCUUUCUAUCUCUUUCUCUUCCUCUCUCUCUUUCUCUCUCUUUCUCUUUCUCUUCCUCUCUCUCUUUCUCUUUCUCUCUCUUUCUCUCCCUCUGUUUCUCUCAGGAAUAGGUUCAGAAUGGUGAAAUGGCCAACUGUACACUUUGCAUUGACAGUAACUGUGCAGGACAUUAUUAUGAGGGACUUUUUUUUAAUGGAUAAUGCUUUUGUAAUUGUUUUAGUAUUUGUAUUCAACAUUAUAGUGAUGUGUAUGGUAUGUAACCAUCUACAACAAAUCUCUGUUGAAUCUCUGAAGCAAAUUUGUAUUGAGAUAUUUUAACAAAUAUUUUUAGCCAAAGAUACCAAGAUAUAUUUUGAACACAGCAAUCAUUAGUCAUUGCAGGAACACGUUUGUGCCACAGAGGGAAUUCCAACUAUUAACAACCAUGGUGGACUUCCAUGUGUUGAACAUUUUACCUAGUGUGGGUGUUUUUGGUGUGCUUUGUGGUUGCUGUAAUUCUUACAAUCUGUCACUGUCUUGGACAUGGUGUGAGUUAUAGGAAACGUUUUGCAGUAAAGUAUACUGUGUGUUACUUCUGAGCCUGAAUGUAUUGCCACAGAGUAACAGUCAUUUAUUGAUUCGACUUUAUAUUCUUAACCAUCAGCUCAUCUUACAUUUUUGAUAGAGUCCUGUUAUGAGUUCAACCAUGUCUUCCCUAAGACCAUGAAUUGAGCAUUGGGGUUGGUUGUUAUGCAUGUGGCUGCCAAGUGUGCGUGUGCACACCUGUCUCUGUGUGUGUGUGUGUGCGUGCGUGCGUGCGUUCGUUCACUGGGGCACCAGCCCCUGUAAGUUAGUUGCUGCACUUACAGAGGAAAUGUGUGUUUCCUUGGGGGUAAAUGGGAGAUGGUGUGUGUGUGCCGUCACUAUCCUUCCAUCUGACCAUGUCGUUAAACAAACGCACACAGAAACACACACCUACAACAAUGGCUGCCCCUGCCCACUACCAUAACUUAUCGGUACUCAGACAUCUGACUCGGACGUAGUUUUCUGACAUUCUAAAUGAAUGCUGCUGGUGAUUGUGUUGAAUGAUGUAUUUUCCUACAAACUAUGUACAUGUUAUUUUUGUAAGCAUGACUAUUUUUAAACGGAGAAGCCUCUGAGCUACAAAAACCAAAUAAAUAUCUGAAUUUAAA